GAGCGUGCGUUGAGCGUGGAGGCAACGGAGGCCUUUCAAGGAAAUGAGAAUGAAGGAAAUGAUCAUCUAAACAGUAAUCAUUUCCAGCAGUCACCUGUUAUUUCCCCAGUGGAUCAUGAUUCGAAUGUGACAUACGACAUAUCAGGUGAUCGAAUCCUUCUCUGCCGCACUUCGAAUGUGCCAAUGAAUGUCCUGCAACAUGUCACUUACAACUCAGAGAACAGCAUGAAGAAUCUCCUUCUUUUUUGUGAGAAUUGA